AUGGACAGGACUGACCCAAUAUAUGCUGCUGGAAAGGAACGGGCUCGACAGCGCAAGCUGCAGCAAGAGGCGGCAGCGAAGAGCCGUCGACGGGAGGGGCCGAGGGAUGCGAGAGACAACAAGGCAAACGCAAACAGGGAUAAGAAGGUAUCGAGAGACGAGGAGGAGGCGGCGUCAAUCUGGGCCAAGGUGUAUGGCGUUUCCUGGCUUCUGAUAUCGAUCUUUGCCUGGGUUCGCCAUCUGCUGUUACUAUCGCUGUGUUUCCGCGUCCGACGGCGUAUCCUCUGGAUUCUCAUCGCCGGCUGCAUCGUCGUCUACACCAUCAUCUCCAUUGGCGAAGCGACCUGCGACGGCCUCCUCAGCAACCCCCCGUCCUUCUUCCUGGCAUCCAUGUUGACCUCGUUAGCCUUCUCAACGGUCUGCACGCGACGACCUGCGGCCUCUGCCCGCGGCGUGCUCCUCCAAGUCUCGCGCACGCCGACUCUCCCGCGGUAUAGCGAGUCCCUGACCCAGAUGGCCGCCUGGGCUGCUCAUGGCGCGGGACACGCGCCCCCGGGGCCUUCGGAUGCCAUCCGCAUCGCCAAGUUCGAAUCUUCACUCCGCGGAAUCUUAGAAAGCGUGACCAGCGCUCAGCGCGAUGCAAGCAGCAUCGCGCAGGACAUCCAGACGUAUCCUGCCGACCGCGUGCGCUGGUGGAGCGUCUUCAACACCCCCGCAGCCACCACCCAAGGCCGCAUCUCACGCCUCGUCCUUGUGUUUGAAGACGCCUCACAGACCUUAAGCGCACUUGAAUCCAGCCUGGCAGCUGGCGCAAUCGAACGGACGUUCAAACCUAUAAAGGCGACAUGCGACUGGAGCCGCAAGCUCCACAAGGAGGAAAAGACGUUGCGUCAGGAGCUGCGAUACAUCAGGGGGAGGGGGAGCCCUGAUCAGGAGAAGACGGUUCAAAGAGCGCUGGAGGUGCAGGCGCCUCGCGGGGCCAUAGCAAGAGUCGCGUGCCACGUAACUGAGAUCGAGACGGAGCAGCUGCUCAUCCUGAGGGGAGAUUUACGACGCAAGGCGGUGCCGCGCAUGGCCAGACUGCUCAAGGGCUCCCUGGAGCUGGCGACAGAUGGAGAGACAAAGGGGCGCCAGGCGACGGGUGAGGAUAUAGUCCGGUGGGAGAAGCGGGUGGUUCAGCUGGUAAAGGACUUUGAGGAGACGGUAUCCGAGGUGUGCAAAGGAUGGGUGAUGAACGAGUUGAUAUCACAAGAAUAGAACAUGUUGAU